GAAGAUCAUCCAAGAAGACUGAGGUAAGCAGGCUUCUGACGCCCUGUCAACGUGGAAACGAUAGAUCAAAAGGUGUUCAUGGUGACUGGUCAGAGUAGGUUCUAUUUUUUCUCAUAGAGGGCUUGACAGCAUGAAAUAAAAAUAAAUUACAUUAGACAAAGUUUUUUUUUUUGUUUUUCUUAACUGAGUUUUAGCAAACUUCAGACCCAGACACAGGACUCAACGGUAUAUUUCCUGGACAGCAAGGUACCAUAAUGGCAACCACAAUCUGUUUCGUUGUCUGGGUGGUAUUCAUUACGGAUUCUGUAUGGACUCGAACUGUGAGACAGGUCUACGAGGGACCUGAUCCAGAGGUCUGGACUGUGCAAGACUUUGAUUGUCCCAGGGAAUGUUUCUGUCCCCCCAGUUUUCCUACUGCUUUAUACUGUGAAAACCGUGGUCUCAAGGAAAUCCCUGCUAUUCCUUCAAGGAUCUGGUAUCUGUAUCUUGAAAACAACCUGAUAGAAACCAUUCCCGAGAAGCCGUUCGAGAAUGCCACUCAGCUGAGAUGGAUUAAUCUCAACAAGAACAGAAUAACCAACUAUGGGAUUGAAAAAGGAGCCCUAAGCCAACUAAAGAAGCUGCUUUUCCUGUUUCUGGAAGACAAUGAGCUAGAGGAGGUUCCUUCUCCACUGCCAAGAAGUUUAGAACAACUACAAUUAGCUAGAAACAAGGUGUCCAGAAUUCCUCAAGGGACCUUCAGCAACCUGGAGAACUUGACCCUUCUUGACCUGCAACACAACAAACUAUUAGACAACGCCUUUCAGAGAGACACCUUCAAGGGACUUAAGAACCUCAUGCAGUUAAACAUGGCCAAGAACGCCCUGAGGAAUAUGCCACCAAGAUUACCAGCCAACACGAUGCAACUGUUUUUAGACAACAAUUCCAUUGAGGGAAUACCAGAAAAUUAUUUUAAUGUCAUUCCUAAAGUGGCCUUCCUGAGACUAAACCACAACAAAUUAUCAGAUGCAGGUCUCCCUUCCAGUGGUUUUGAUGUGUCAUCCAUUCUAGAUCUUCAACUGUCUCACAAUCGACUCACGAAGGUUCCCCGAAUCAAUGCUCACCUGCAGCACCUUCACCUGGAUCAUAACAGAAUUAAAAAUGUGAACGUCUCUGUAAUAUGUCCCACCCCUGCCACACUGCCUGUGGACCAAGACAUCUUCAGUUACGGCCCGCAUCUGAGCUACCUUCGUCUCGAUGGAAACGAAAUCCAAUCACCAAUCCCAAUGGAUUUAAUGACCUGCUUCCGGCUCCUUCAGACUAUCAUUAUUUAAACACAUCUUCAACCAUCUAAAAUCGGUUCAAUACACUAAUAUUUCUGACA